AUGACCAGCUCGUACUUUAGCACUAUCACCAACGAAUCGGCCUUUAAGGCACACUUUCAACAGGAUCUUGGGAAAGUUUUUUCCGACGUCAAUCUCGUCGCCGCGAGUGAAUGGGGGCGUGAUCAUCUGUUCGCAUGUCGUGUAAUCCGGCGAGAGACGCAGCGCUCUGUUCUUCCGAUUUUGUCUGAGUAUACAAGGCCAUCAGAUUUGAAGUCCUCAUCCGAAAUCAUCAACUUUGUGAACGGUCCACAGGACCCGAUGUACAUGGCUCAAAGCGAGCACCGACUCGUACGGAAGUUUGACUACGGGAUGUCUCUUGGACAGAUCUGGGCGGCGUUGGCGAUGUUCAAAAGUGGCCAAGGGCGUCGCGGAAAAGAAAUCCUCGCCGGCUCUGAUGACGAAACGGAUGAAGGAGAAGAAAGAGCAAAGCGGCCCAGACGAAGCACCCUCCAAGAAGAUUACAUGGAUUCACGCACAAUUCAAGUUGGUUCCAGCAGUCCACAGGAGAUAAGCUCCCAAGAGACGUCUUCUGUCGGUUAUGUCGACCCCGAAUCACACAGGCUCCUGGCCUCACCGGAAGACGAAACCUUACGGCUUGCAUCGUGCGUAAUUCGACAUAUCUUGUACUUUGGUGCCCCUCAGGAUUCUGUGGAUUUGCGAACCGUUGUCGAAUUCCGAGAUGCGAAAGUGAGAAUGGCUGCAUAUACCCCCAUACUGAAGCGGAAGAUAGUAGCCAUCGAUGACGGAGGCCUCUGCUUAAGGAAGGAAUUAAACGGUUGUUUUUCACUCUUCAAAAAUCACCUGGCGAUCUUGGAGGGCAAAAGACAAUUUCAAUGUCUUGAGAAUGGCCGGCCGGUCAUAUCGGAUAACUGUCUCGCCCAGAUGACUUGCGAAGCUCUGGUAGUCAGCAUCGUCGAUCCGUUCAACGAAUUGCAGCCAAAUGGGUAUUACUUUCUUCUCUUAUAA